CUCACCUAGGACGCGGCCGUGAUGCCGAGCUCUGUCGAAGAUGCACUGGACACCGGAACACGCCCAGCCCCUCAACCAGUGGCCAGAGCAGCACCUGGACGUCUCCUCCACCACCCCGUCGCCGGCCCACAAGUUGGAGUUGCCCCCUGGGGGUCGCCAACGCUGCCACUACGCUUGGGCACACGACGACAUCUCCGCCCUCACUGCCUCCAACCUCCUAAAGCGCUAUGCAGAGAAGUACUCUGGGGUCUUGGACUCUCCCUACGAGCGUCCGGCCCUGGGCGGGUACAGCGACGCCUCCUUCCUCAACGGCGCCAAAGGGGACCCCGAGCCCUGGCCAGGGCCGGAGCCACCCUACCCCUUGGCCUCACUCCACGAAGGCCUCCCAGGAACCAAGUCGGGCGGUGGGGGCGGUUCUGGGGCUCUGGGGGGCUCCCCAGUUUUAGCCGGGAACCUCCCUGAACCCCUCUACGCCGGCAAUGCGUGCGGGGGCCCGUCGGCGGCGCCCGACUACGCGGCAGGCUACGGCGGGGGGUACCUGGCCCCGGGUUACUGCGCGCAGACGGGCGCCGCGCUGCCCCCGCCGCCCCCGGCCGCGCUCCUGCAGCCCCCACCGCCUCCGGGGUACGGGCCCUCAGCGCCGCUGUACAACUAUCCCGCAGGGGGCUACGCAGCGCAGCCCGGCUACGGCGCGCUCCCGCCGCCCCCAGGCCCGCCCCCGGCCCCCUACCUGACCCCGGGCCUGCCCGCGCCCACGCCCCUGCCCGCGCCGGCGCCGCCCACCGCCUAUGGCUUCCCCACGGCCGCGCCGGGCGCCGAAUCCGGGCUGUCGCUGAAGCGCAAGGCCGCCGACGAGGGGCCCGAGGGCCGCUACCGCAAGUUCGUGUACGAGCCCGCCAAGGCCCCCGCGGCUGACGGGGCCUCCUACCCCGCCGCGGACAACGGUGAGUGUCGGGGCAACGGGUUUCGGGCCAAGCCGCCGGGAGCCGCGGAGGACGCGUCGGGCAAGUACGGUGGCGGCGUCCCCCUCAAGGUCCUGGGCUCCCCCGUCUACGGCCCGCAGCUGGAGCCCUUUGAAAAGUUCCCGGCGCGGGCCCCGGCUCCCCGUGGGGGGUUCGCCGUGCCGGAGCCUCCCAAAGGCGGGGACCCCGGGGCCCUGGAGCUGGUGACGAGCAAGAUGGUGGACUGCGGGCCCCCAGUGCAGUGGGCGGAUGUGGCGGGCCAGGGCGCGCUCAAGGCGGCGCUGGAGGAGGAGCUGGUGUGGCCCCUGCUCAGGCCGCCCGCCUACCCGGGCAGCCUGCGCCCGCCGCGGACCGUCCUGCUCUUUGGGCCGCGGGGCUCGGGCAAAGCGCUGCUGGGCCGCUGCCUCGCCACGCAGCUGGGAGCCACGCUGUUGCGCCUGCGUGGCGCGACCCUGGCUGCGCCCGGCCCCGCCGAGGGCGCGCGCCUUCUCCAGGCCGCCUUCGCGGCCGCGCGCUGCCGCCCACCCGCGGUACUUCUCAUCAGCGAGCUGGACGCGCUGCUUCCCGCCCGGGACGACGGCGCGGCGGCAGGGGGCGCGCUGCAGGUGCCGCUCCUGGCCUGCCUGGACGCGGGCUGCGGCGCGGGGGCUGACGGCGUGCUGGUUGUGGGCACCACCUCGCGGCCCGCGGCUCUGGACGAGGCGACCCGCCGGCGCUUCUCUCUCCGCUUCUACGUGGCGCUGCCCGACAGCCCGGCCCGCGGGCAGAUCCUGCAGCGGGCGCUGGCCCAGCAGGGCUGCGCGCUCAGUGAGCGGGAACUGGCGGCGCUGGUGCAGGGCACGCAGGGCUUCUCUGGGGGCGAGCUGGGGCAGCUGUGCCAGCAGGCGGCGGCCGGGGCGGGCCUCCCGGGGCUGCAGCGCCCCCUCUCCUACAAAGACCUGGAGGCGGCACUGGCCAAGGUGGGCCCUAGGGCCUCUGCCAAGGAACUGGACUCGUUCGUGGAGUGGGACAAAAUGUACGGCUCCGGACACUGACAGCGCGCUGGGGAGGCCGCGGGAGCCGGCGUCCCUCCGUCCCCGCCGCCUCCGCGUGGGAGGGAUGUCACUGACGAAACCCGGCUGGCAGGAGCCGGAGUGGUGAAUGUGGGAUCGGGGACAGGAGGGGUCUGCCGGUGGAUUUUUUU